AUGUUUGCUAAUCUCUUUGAUCACUUUCCCCAACUUAAAACAAUUUUGAUUUCAAAUACAAGCGAUGAUUCUUUUUCUCCUGAUCAUUUUGCUCCUAAUGAAACUUUUUUAGAAAUUGGUCUAAUCAUACCCAAAAAUAUAUUCUUAGAUGAACUUAUAGAAUCAGUUGAAUUCAAUAACUUUUAUUGUAAUUAUCCCAAAAUUUUAAUUGAGUAUAGUAAUGAUGAAAUUUGCGAAAUGUUAGUUAGAACAUGUAUUAGUAUAAUUGACAUGCAAUCACAAUUAUUGCCAGAAUUAAAGCAAGUCAUUAUCAAAAUACAAGAAAAAUUAACAUAUAAAUUCUAUGUCUCAGAUGAUAAUAAUCAUACUUUAAAAAUAUCUUUGAUCUAUGAAAAAAAUCAUCCCGACCUUGGUGCAAGCACACAUCUACAAAUAAUCAACAUUACACACGAUAAAAAAAAAA